AUUAAUUUCACUUGUAAAAAUUGUAUUUAGUGUCUUACUGAAUGUGUUUGUUGGUUUUUAUAUUAUAAAUGGAUUUGUUUGUUAAAGUGUUAAUGAUGUUCGACCCAUUUAAACAUGUAUUUAACUAGUGGGAAAUAUUUUAGGAAUCUAUGAAGCCUCUAAGUCAGCAUUUGCUGGUCUUGGGGACUCGUGCCACAACUGGAUGCAGAAGACAGUGGCUAUGGGAGCUGAUGGAGCAGCUGUGAAUCUUGGGAAGAAGGGAGGUGUAUCAGUGAAACUCCAAGAGGAGGCAGGAAAGCAUAUCAUCCCAUUUCACUGCAUGCCUCAUAGAUUGGAGCUUGCCCUACUCUCUGCUCAGAAGGAUUCACCUUGGAUCAAGGAGACAAUGGAGGAUGGCUCAUUUCUGGCUUUCUGCCAUUUCUUGGCAGAUUUAUUUUCUGCCAUCAGUAAAUACAGCUUGUUACUUCAAAGAAAUGAUGUGAUCCUCCCCCAGGGAGUUCCUUUGAGGAAAGGAGAGGCAGAGAAUAUGGCUAAGGAUGGACCAAUCAGUCAGACUGCUCCCAGACUUCAGAAGCAGAUAGAGACCACCGUUGCUGCAAUAGUUAAACAGCUUCAUCUUCGAUUUAGCAGCCUGCUUUGUCAGGAGGAACAUGGAAUGGACACUUCAGUAACCAAAGCAGUCAAAUGUUUUCACGUGUUCAACCAUGAUGUUUGGCCAGAGACAGCAGAGGAGUUGGUUGAUUAUGGAAUAGAGGAGGUGACUUUCCUGUUGGACCAUUUUCAAUAUGUACUGGAAAGGAACGGCUGUGACUGUGCCCUUGCCAUGGAGGAGUUCCAGACCUUGAAAACCCUAGUGUUCAUGUCUUUUAAAGACAAGAGCUACCACAGGUUAUGGGAAGUCCUUCUAACCAAGGAACCCUAUUCCUCAGAUUUACAGAACAUCCUUCAUCUAGUAAAGAUCAUGUUAGUCCUUCCUGUAUCCUCAGCGCAGUGUGAGAGGGGGUUCUCUAUCCAAAAGCACAUAAAUUGGGAGCACCAGUGCUACCAAGUAAAAAAGUGA